GGCAAGUGUGAUAGCUCUUGGUGUUGGAGGCUUUGUUGCAACGAAGACUGUAAUUGAUGGCCAGCGUCGUGAAUCCAUGAAAGUCAGAGAACGAAUGAAAAACGCAAAUACUGGAGAAUACGAAGUAAAACGCAAUUUUACUGGUUAAAUAAUUCCCAUAACUUGAUAUUUCUCUGGUUACCAACAAAUCUUUUUGCUGUAAUAAUUACGAAUUGUGACUCAAAAUGGCAGGGCUCCCAGCACUCAAUGAAUCCCAGAUGAAACUAGUGGCAAAGAUCUGGAGAUUGAGAUGUUUGUCUGAUAUGUAUACCCGCAUGACAAACUCUUGUCACAAGAAAUGCAUACCAACAAAAUACAAGGACUCAGAAAUAGCAAAGGGAGAAGCAGUUUGCAUAGACAGGUGCGUUGCCAAGUAUUGGGAGAUACAUGAGCGUGUUGGUAAGAAGUUGCAAACAAUGUCUACACAGGAUGAAGAGGCGCUGAAGAAAAUAGCAGCAGAACAGGGCCUCAUCAAGUAAUAAUAGCUAUUAAGGUCAUUGAAUGUGUAAAUAUUAAAAUUUCCUUAGGAUGAAAAUACUGUGCUAUUGGAAACAAGAAAGAUUAAUCCAUUUUUACAUGGUGAUUGUUGUACCAUACAUUUAAGUGUAUCUAUGGUGGUGUAGAUAGCUAAAAGUUUUAAUGAAUGAAUAGUAAUGUGUAGUUCAAGGUUAGGUACAAGUCAUUGGUUAGUAGUUAUCAUCAAGAAAGUUAUUCUUUACAAUGAAACUUAAUUGUUAACGAAAUUAUGUUCCAGGAAUUUGUCAUACAGUACUAUUUUACUUUGCGUACUUGUUGCCCUUAUCUGACACUGAUAUACAUUUAUUAGUUAGACUCGGCUCUGGUCCUUGAUGAACGAAUGUAUUCAUGUAUUCUUGUAUUAAAUUAUGAUAUCUUUUCAGUUUUCUGUUUUACUGAGAAUUUCUUUAUUAUUCAAGUUUGAAGUAGUUAAAUAUUUCAUAAUGAGUUUAUAUUUUUAAAUUUCAACAUUUAUUUGGUAAAAUAGGUAUUCAAAGAUUAUAAUUUCAAGAAAUUAAUUAGCAGGCUUUUUGAAAGGUUGAUAUGUUUUCCUUUUCUGACUGUAAU